CCAGAAUAGAUGUCGCCCUCGUCAAGCCAUCACGGUGCGUACCGCUUCCUCCUAAAGGUCCCAUUUACGAACUUAGAUAAUCUGCCUUUGUCUAUCGAAGCGCCGCCAGACACCCCAAAUCAGCCCGCAAGAUGGGCCGCAUCGCGAAGUCUCAGGGCCUCGCGCCUCCCGCGAUAAGAAAAGACAUGCGCGCCAAACAAGCUCGCCACAUCGUCAACAAAGUCAUCCCAUCCAUCCUAGCCUCGAACCCAAGAGCUAGAAAGGGUGCCGAAGAGAGCGAAUUGAUCCUGGAUCCGGGGCCUGUCUCCAAUGCCGUCGAAGCAAGCGGCAAAGAGGACACGAGCACGGGAGGCGACGACGUGGCGUACAUCAAGAGAAAAGGCCAGGGACGGCGGAAAGCCAAGGGCGGAAAGGCCGAAGACGAGGAAGUCAUCGUAAGAACCGGGCACGAGAAAGGGAAGGGAAAGAAAAGAAACUAUUCGUUGAACGAUUCGCUCUCUCAUCUCUCCCUGAAGCCAACCUCGCUCCACCAUCAAAACGCAGAAGUGCCGCAGAGAACUAUCCGGAUCGUAGCCACUGACGCUCUGACCGCCGCCCACUUACUUCACACUAGUAGAAUAUCCCGCAAAGCACCCAACGUCUGCAUAUUAAACAUGGCCUCACCCCUGCGCCCCGGCGGCGGCGUUUUGGCAGGCGCCUCCUCGCAAGAAGAAUUUCUCUGCUCCCGCACCACACUGCUCCCAUCCCUCCAGGAAUCUUUCUACCGCCUCCCCGAGUAUGGCGGUAUAUACUCCCCCAACGUCCUCGUCUUCCGCUCGUCUCUCCCCCUAUCCCACGCCGAAUCCGACCUACCACCCUCCUCACGCUACUACAUUGACGUCAUCAGCGCCGGCAUGCUGCGCUUCCCCGAGCUCGAGGGCUCCGAGGGAGAAGAGAAGAGACUAAGCAAGAAAGACAGGGAACUGGUAGAAAAGAAAAUGCGAGCCGUCUUGCGUAUCGCGUCUUCAAAAGGCGUCAAGAAGAUAGUACUAGGUGCAUGGGGCUGCGGCGCCUACGGCAACCCAGUGCGUGACAUUGCGGAAGCGUGGAGGAGAGUAUUGGAAGGUGGGACGGCAGCGGGCGGGAAGAAGAGUAAGAAGAUGGAAGAGGAGACGUGGUCCACUAUCGAAUCCGUUGUCUUCGCCAUUAGCAAUGCGAAAAUGGCGCAUGACUUUGCGAAAAUGUUCGGUGGAGGGGCUGAAGUCGAGCCUGGGCCUGGUGGGCAGAACGAUGAGGACGAAGCGCAAGAAGAGGAUAAAGUGGUCGAGGAACUGCGGUCGAAAAUUGGCGAAAUGGAAAGUCAGCUGGAGAAAGUGUGGAACUCGGAUUUGAAGCAGAGGAUGAGCGUGAUAAUAGAGGGUCUGAGGGCGCAGCUGAGGGAGCGAGAAGGGGCGGGUGAUGACGGAGAUGAGGAAGAUGACGAGGAGGACGAGGGCGAGGAAGGAAAUGAGGCAGAAAGCGAGGAAGAAACCCCUCAAGUCAUGGGCAAGGAUGACGCCGAUGAACGCUCCGAUACUGAUGAAGAAGCUGAUCGUCGCGAUGAUAGCGGUGGCGAAGGGAGUCGACGUGGAGGACUCAAGCUGCCUCUUGCGCAGGUCCAUCACAUCAAGCCCAAGAGAUAAACGGCUUUGGAUCAUAUAUCCAUUCAUAUUCGCUUUUGAAAGAGCCUACCCAUGUAUCCGGUUCAGUCUCUCGCAUGCUAAGCUAUGCCAUGAAAAUGCACCACUCGCAACCAUGUCCGCUAUGUACGCCACUCAAAACGCAAACCGCCUUUAACCACACUU